AUGAAAGCAGCCGUAGCAACAGGAGAAACAGAUCAGUUAAGUACCGUCGUUGACAACUACCCAAUCCCAGAAAUCAAUGAUGAUCAAAUUUUGUUAAAAGCACAUUCAUUUGCAAUAAAUCCAAUUGAUUAUAAACAUAUAGAGUUUGGAAUUGCUCAGAAGGGGGAUAUAUUAGGUGACGAUGUUAGUGGUAUUGUUGAAAAAGUUGGGUCAAAUGUUAAAGGUUUUAAAAAAGGUGACUUCAUAAGUUCAUUUGUUAGUGGAGAUGUUGCUAAAACCAAUGGUGCUUUUGCUGAGUAUGUUGCUGUUGAACCUCAAGCUACUGUUAAAUAUGAACAAUUAAUUGAUGAAGUUGAUAUAAAAAGUGGUCUCAUAAAAACAUUUGAUGGUGCUGCAAGUGUAACUUUAGGUUUAGUUACAGUUGGUAUUUCAUUCGCUUAUUCUUUAGAAAUUCCUGAAAAUAAGCAAGAUGGUGAUUUCAUUUUAAUUUGGGGUGGUUCAACAGCUACUGGUAUUUUAGCUAUUCAGUUAGCUAAAUUGAUAUAUGGAUUAAAUGUUAUUACUACUGCAUCACCAAAAAACUUUGACUAUUUAAAAUCAUUAGGAGCGGAUUAUGUUUUCAAUUAUAAUGAUUCAGAUAUAGUUUCCAAAAUUAAAGAUCUUACAAAGGGCAAAUUGAGAUUCUCAUUAGAUGUUGUUGGAACAGCUGAUACUUUACAAAAGAUAUACGACGCUACUGCUGAUGUCAAAGGUGAUGUUUAUAUUGAUAAUGUAUUAUUAGCACAACAAGAUGAUAUAAAUUUAGAUAACAACAGAAAUAACUCAAACUUACAUUGGGGUACAACAUUAUCAUUCUUAGUUAUAGAUGAAGUUAAAAAUUUAGGUGCUGCUAUCCCAAGACCUGAAGAUUUAUUUAAAUAUUAUAAUCCCUGGUGGUUUGAUGUCUUACCUAAAUAUAUUGCACAAUUGAAAAAUGGUAAUUUAAAAAUAUUGAAAGAUGGUUUAGCAAGUGCUGAUGAAGGGUUAAAAUUAAUUCAUAAGGGGGUUUCUAAUGAAAAAAUUGUUUUUAAUGUUUAG